AUUAAACUCCACGUGUAUAAACAGCGCACGUGCGUGUUCACUCGAGGAUAAGCUCUAUCAUCUCCGCCUCUACUCCUUCCUUGCUUCGAAGCCAGCCACUCUUCAUCACUUUAAGGAAAGCAAUGGCAGCAGCUGCUAAUGCUAUUAGCUUCAAUCUAAUAGGCUCCUUCAGAGGUCUCUGUCUAUCUUCAAGCUCUUCCUCUUCCUUUUUCAGGGGCGAUUUAGGGUCCUUCAAUGUGGCCCCUUCCAGAAGCUCCGUUUCCUUGCCGUUAAAGGCUCCGUUUCCAUUGACGAUUGAAAUGGCUCACAAGAAGGGAGCUGGGAGUACCAAGAACGGGCGUGACUCCAGAGGCCAACGUCUCGGCGUCAAGAUUUUUGGCGAUCAAUUGGCUAAACCCGGCGCGAUUAUCGUCCGCCAGCGCGGCACCAAGUUUCAUCCGGGGAAGAAUGUAGGGCUUGGCAAGGAUCACACUAUUUUUUCCUUGAUUGACGGACUUGUAAAAUUUGAGAAGUUAGGACCUGACAAGAAGAAGGUGAGUGUUUAUCCACGAGAAGUUCAGCCUGAAAAUCCCAACAGCUAUCGAGCACGGAAGAGAGAGUACUUUAGGUUGCAGCGCGAACGUAAGAAGGCAAGAAAGGAAGGCAUUGUUCCGGAGCCGCAACUCGUCCUUGCUUCCAAUGUUGAUGCCACAAAUAACAACCCUAUAUGUUGAUUUGAAAGCAGCCUUAUUUUUUAGGGUAUUUUUAUGUUGGCAAGCCAUGCAAUAUUGUUUAGUUGACUGGCUUUUUUUUUUUAAAUUGCUUUUGAUGUGUUCAUAAUGUGCAAACUCUAAUCCUUUUUGUCUACUUUGACCCGAUCUGUAUUUUGGUAUAGCAAUUUUUGUCUUCAUCAUUUAAAUUCAAUGCCUACAAACUGCUGCAUACUGCUUUACCAGUUUAUUAGAGGAAUGGAAAGCAGCCUAUUAUGUACAUCUUGAACUUUGUAGCUUGGUUAGAUACAACUGUGAAUUUUAUGAAUCCUUGUGAAAAAGCAGGCGGUUGUUUGUGAAUGUAGACACUUGUCGAAACACAAAAUUUUUGUGUUUGCUUC